UCACCGGACCCGCGGCCACAACGUUAUUGCACCGCACACGGUAAACAACCGAGUGCACACAACCCGUUGUUGUACGUCUAUAAAAAAGUGUUUCGCAAACGCAUACAACCGCGUCGCGCGUGCGUUAUCUUUUUUUUCUUUUGUUUUCGCGACAGUGUUUUUUUUUCUUUUCGCGCGCUGUGGUGCCCGAAACAAUCGUAGGCGGACGUCGCGCGCGCGCUCAUCACAAUCGAUAUCGUACGCCGGGUGUACGCCUCGCAUCGAUAACGAUAUGACUGCGUGUUGAAGCGGUCGCGUUUUUCGUUACCAAUAAUAAUCCCCGCGGCCGUGUUCCCGCAGCACAAUCGCGGUCGGAUUUCGGAGUUCGAUAAGCAAACUGGUAACUCUACGAGUCUGCACAUACACGCUAAUGCCACACACGUGUGAACGCGCUGCUGCCACACUGUUCACCGUAAUCAAUCCCUGGUGUACGCCGGACGAUAAAAGUGCUCAAGUGGGCAAAAAAAAGGAAAUUAUAUCAGUGAAAACUAUUGGUCGAAUGAUACCGGUGAAUGUUAAACACCGUACUGGUAAGCUGCGCAUUGGAAGGCCGGCCGCAGGUAGUGACCUCGGCAUUGAAGUCUCUUCGUCGAGACAACGUCGUUCAACAGUUAUCGUGUGUACGACUUCCUGACUGAUGGAAAAAUAUCCGCGCUGUUCGAACUAAUACGAGUAAAACCGUAUUGAUUAUCAUUUGUUUUCCAUUGGACAAUUAUUAUGUUACGUAUGAUUGCCAACGAAAAUUGAAUGUGGUAUUUUGCUUGCUCGAAAAAUCAUAAAGUUGUUAUUCUCACCAGUGAACCUGCCGGUUCCUAAUAUCAUUGCUCUCGUCAGUGUUUUAUAUUUUAAACUUUAACACAAUGGAAAAGCCAUGUCGAUACGAUUUAUCCGCAAUCAAAAGAUCACUAGAGUUGGCAGAAACUCUUGCCAGUGUCAGUUUAAUGACAUCACCAGCAGCAAAAAGGCGUUUACAAGCAAGAAGUGUUGAAUUAGGACUAAGACCGGGUCAACCGUAUGAGCCACCAAGGGAACUACUUUUGUACUUAGUUCGGAUGGGCAGUUUUACUUCUUCAACUAAAAUAGACAAUGAAGAUUCUCAAGAUAAAGAUUUGGUUUUUAACUCUGAAGUAACAUAUCAGCAAUUACUUGACUAUUGUCGCACUCAUAAUGAUCAAUGUACUUUUUCACAACUCAUAAAAAGAACAUUUUCAACCGUUUCACAUGACCCACAUAGCAUAGAAGGAAAUCCAAUAAGAGUACUUCAAUGGAACGUUUUAUCUCAAGCAUUGGGACAGAAUAAUGAUAAAUUUGAUAGCUGUCCAUUAGAAGCUUUAGAAUGGAAAAGAAGACGAUGUCAUAUGCUUGAAGAAAUCUUAAGACAUAAUCCAGAUAUUAUUUGCUUACAGGAAGUUGAUCAUUUUGAUUUCCUUAGCAGAGCUUUAGCAACACAAUCCUACAGCGGUCUGUUUGUGCCUAAACCCGAUUCUCCAUGUGUAUAUAUAAAAGAUAACAAUGGCCCCGAUGGAUGUGCUAUAUUUUACAAGAAUAAUAAAUUUGAUUUACUAGACAAACAAGAAAAAAUAUUGCAAGUAUGGACAGUUCAUAGCAAUCAGGUAUCCUUAUUAUUGGUGUUAAAAGACAAAUGUACAGAAAAAGAGUUAUGCAUUUCUACUACUCAUUUAAAAGCUCGCAAAGGAGCUUUGUUAUCAACGUUACGAAAUGAACAAGGAAAAGAUCUUCUAGAAUUUAUCUCUUCUCAUGCCCUUGACCGUCCAACAAUUAUUUGUGGUGAUUUUAAUGCUGAACCCACGGAGCCAGUUUAUAACACAAUGUGCAGCUGCCCUGCUUUACCCUUAGACAGUGCAUAUAAGGUAUCUGGCUCAGAACCACCAUUUACGUCUUGGAAAAUUCGAGGAGGCGAAGGCGAAGUUAUGCAAACCAUUGACUACAUGUUUUACACUAAACAUAAAUUAACUGUCAGUAGCAUACUAAACAUGCCAUUAGAAAAAGAUAUUGGUGAUAAUAGAGUACCCUCAAUGUCUUAUCCAUCAGAUCACUUUUCUUUGGUUAGUGAUUUUUAUUUUAAAAAAACGUCUAAUGAUAGUGAAUAAUUUUGUUUUUAUUAUUUAUUUAUUUUAAUUUUAA